GAAAAAGAUCUCCUGUGGUUACUCAGUUGCUUUUCUCAUAAAUUUGUAGUAAAAGGAAAAAGUAACUGUAACUACAGACACAGAAGAGAUGACUUCGGAGAUGUUGUCUUUGACUAAAGACCCAACUAUUGUUGAGUAUUUUUCUGAACAUGAACGAUAUAAAUGUGGUUAUUGUGGAUCUGCGGAUACUAAUUAUUCUCACGGUGAGCUUAGCAGCUUAGGCUUAGGCCAGGCAGUACUCGGUAGUACUACUUAGAUCUUAAUCUUAAUCUUACUUAGUCUUUUUAGUUUACUUAGGCUUAACUUUUUUAAGUUUAACCUAGGCCUAGGCUGUCCUAGGCCUAGACCUAUGUGAUUCUGCCUACUAACUUACACGUCACUAGUAAGUGAACUAGGCUAACGUCAAUCAAAUUAAUAUUAUUAGAAAGCUUUAACCUCCAGUGAGUCUCACAGUCCCCACAAUGCAGAUUUUGCAGUGUUGUCAAUUUGUCAAGAUAAAACUGUGAAAUGAUACGAGGCCUACUCACCAAGUUGGCACAUUUACCACGUACUUAAAGUUGGGUGUUAUUAGAUACACAUGAACAUGACAUGACAUCAAUGAUAAUGAUAAUGUUUUAAGUUUUAAGGUAUAUGCCUAAAAGAAGCAUGUGAUGUAAAUUAAAUUAUGGCUGGAAAUAUUGGGGAAAAACUAUGAUGUGUUGGUGGAGAAAUUUAAAAAAAACAAAACAACAUCGACUUAACUUUAACUAGGUCCUACAUUUUUAAAAAAUGGUUUGAGUUUGGCUGAAUCUGAGUGUGCUGUGUUAGAUAUGGAGAGAAGACAUAUUAAUUUUAUUUUAUUAGCUUACAGCCUAUAUAUAAAUUGUAUAACUCAUGACUCAUGGGCAGUUAAAGUAUAGACCUAUGCUUUUUUAAGUUUAUAAUUAUUUAGCCCUUGGCUUUGCUUAAUUAAAAUUUUUAGGGCAAUAGCUAGGCUAAUUAAAAUAACAUAAUUGAGUAUUGAUAUAAACUCAAAUGAACAAUUGUUGCAAUGUUUUAAUUUUUACUUGUUACUUUUAUUAUACUGUUAUACUUUGCAGGAAUGUGGGCUCAUCAAAUGACCGUCAUAGAUUAUCAGGAUCUUAUUGAUAGAGGAUGGCGGAGGUAACAAAAUUUAUUUUAUUUCUUGUCAGCCCUGUCAAAAUGGUUUCUUUCUAAUAAAUAUUUGUUCUUUUUUUCUUUUCCAUUUAAAUUACAGCAGGACUAUUUGGUAAAUUCAAAAUUUUUUUGUAUGAUACCAAUGAUAGAUAAAACUAUAGGCUACUUCUUAAUUCUCCUUUUCAUGUGGUUUGUUUUAUAAAACUUUUGUCACAUGAUCUUUUUUUGCAAAGGCAUCAUGAAUAAUCUUUUAAACUUUAUUUCUGCUCUAGGAGUGGAAAGUAUUGCUACAAACCAACUAUGAGUGUAACAUGUUGCCCGCAGUACCCCAUUCGAUGCGAGGCGCUGAAUUUUAAACUCAACAAGUCUCACAAAAAACAGAUUAAAAAAGUUAACCGAUAUCUCAUAACUGGAAUAAAAAGUGCCCAGGAUGGCUCAGUGAGCGGGAGGAAGCCAGAAGAUGGUGGCGGUGAUGAGCAGAGUUUCGGUGGUCUUAAAGGGGUGGAGAGCUCUCUGGCAGAGAAAGCAAAUCCCAGUAAUAUCGUCAUGCCUGGCUGUGGUGAGGUAACUAGGAGAUAUUUAUUACCUAUGUUGAAGCUAUUUUGACUUUUCUUUAGAAAACCUUUUGAAUCAAAAUAAUAAUACAAUUGAAGCAAAAAUAUUCUUUAAAAAAUAGAAUUCCCUUGUACAGCUGUAAAAAUUAUUUUUUAAUUUACUUUGAUUUUGGCACAUUUAUCAUGAAAUAACUUUUGAUGUCGUAUUCUAUCCCUGGGUUAGAAAUGGCUUACAUUUGCAAUGGUGGGGAAUAACCUCCCCUUUGAGACAUAGUUAUUUAUGUCCAUUUUAAGAACUACACAUAUUCUACUCCCAGAACAAACAAGACACAGAGGCCAGCAGAAGUGACACCUCAGCAGCCUCUGGGUCUUCAAGUAAAACACAAAGCUUGUCAGCUAAAUGCUCAAAGAGCUCCAUGAUCAGUCAGACCAGUAACACAUCAUCUGAGAAGCAUAUUCCUAAAUCAGGUAGUUUUGGAAAACACACUUUUAAAAAUCUUUUUAAAAAAUCUGAAUUUGAUCACAAUUUAUUUUUUAAAAAUUCAUGUAUCUGCGUUUCCCCCUCAAUUUACGUCAGAGAGUUUUCGCAUUCUGAUUUAUAUGUGGCUUGUUUAUUAUCAGUUUCUCGGCUUACCUGGCUCAUUGUGGAAUAGGAGCGAAAACCAAAUGAACUUUGGACUGUAAAUUCAUACCAUGUACCAAAAUAUAGACAUUUACCGAAAAAUUCAUUAACAUUUUUUUUUGUUUAUGAUUUUACUUUUAGUCAUUAAAAACAAAAAGUGUAACAAACUUUGCUUUUUCUUGAAGUGUGGAGUGUGCCUGAAAAGACUCUUUCUCUGUCCCAUGAACCCCACAGUAUGCAUGAAAAGACUCUUUCUCUGUCUCAUAAAAACAUAUUAAAGAAACAUUCUCAGAGUUUCCUUCUUCAGGAAUGCCCUAUGAUAAAAAAGAACAUACUUUCAGCUAUUGCCCUAAAAAUAUCACUCCCCCCCCCCUUUUUUUUUCUGUUUUGAAUGAAGCUAAUUUAUUUUUAGUUUUUUCUGUCAGAGAACCAGGCUGGUUUAAUAAGCAGUGCACACUAGGAUAUGCAUGAUUGGCUUAGACUUAGAUGUACUCUAAUUAUUUAUCAAUAUUAUGAGAAAAGUUGACACAUGGAUGAACUAAGGAAAGUAAAUCUUUCAGGAGCAGGGCCUGACCCUAGGAAACCGAAGUGCAGGAAGGCCAAGGAGAUCAGGGCAGAACUGAAAGCUAAGAAAGAAGGACAGAAGGGAGAUCAUCCUCUAGAGCAGGUCAGCCAUUUUAUUCGUUUAAACUGUCAUGCUGCACAAGGGGAAAAUGGAAGCAGGAGACAUUUUUUUAUUCUUCUUGACUACCAGUUCCUCAGGAAUUUCACGUCAACAUUCAUGCGCCGCCAGAAUGCAACUUAUCUAUGAACUGGCAACUGGUCUCUUUAAAAAACUGAUUUGUACAGUAUCAUUCUGGUGUCCUUAUGGUUUUCAUUAUGUUGAUUUGAGAUCAUGUCACAUAAUAAUUUUUGGAUACAAUAAAGACAAUUGUUUACCAGGAUAGGCAAAAUGAUGUCAGUAGUUUUCUACAUUGCAUUCAUUAAAAAUAUUUUCCGCUUCAAAAAAGCGAAAAUUGAAGUACUAUUUUUAAAAGAAUUUAACCGGUACAUACGUGGUUACUCUUAUAAUUUCAGUCUGCAAUAUACAAUUUUGACUUGUCUUUUACUGUUGUUCAGGUCUUUAUCUGUCAGAAUGGAUAUUUUAAGAGACUGGGUUAAGAAAAAAAUAAUAUCCUGGAAGUUUUUCAAUUCAAAAACAAAUAAAUAAUGUUUUUGGUUGUUAGUUGUAGCUCCUUUCUGCAUCCUGCAGUGAAUGGAGGAAGAACUAUUGGUUGGGGAACAUGGAUAAUAAUAUUACGGAGAGGGGAAGGGGGUGUUGUUGAUUCGGGAUAUUUAGUGUGUGGGUGGGGGGGAUGGUUUUAAAAAUAACACGGUCGUCAUAUUGAUGCUCAAGUGUUUUCGCAAUGAACUUGCGGCAACAGGACAUUUAGCUUAUAUGCCCAAGUGACAAUUUUAGUGAGGAUUCACACAUUUUUGCUGCAUGAUGUAAUUUCCUGACAUAAUUAUUUCCUUUGGCUGAACCUGGGCUGUUGUGAAAGUGGGGAGAAGACUAAUUUUUGUACCAUUUUCAAAUGUUUCACACAGCAAAAUUAUCUUUUGACACAUUUUAUAGUAUCUGAGAGGGCCUUUGAAAUCUGUUUUUAGAACUUAACAAACAGCUUCACUAUUUUUAAAAAUCUAGUUUGGUUCCAAAACUCCUACAUUUUCCUUUCCCCCAUUUACAGCUUGCAGUAGUUAACAGGAAAUAAACAUCGGGCUCCUAGGCUUAAAGGAUGAUGAUGUUUUAAUAAAACCCAACAAAAACAGCUUUUCACUCAAAAAAUCAAUCUCAAGUGAAUUUGUAAAUGAGGUCCUCAUUUUGUAAAUAAAUUCUAAUUUCAAUGACCAAAAUUCAUUUUAUGCUGAUUUGACUGAAAGUUUAAAUUUCACCAGUAGGGCCUGCAAAACAUAGCAGCCGCAGAUUGCAAUAUAAAUGACAGGCAUCUGUGAUUCGAAGUGCCCUUUUUUUACGGCAGCCUAACUCAAUCCGGCUCGACGCGCGGGGGUAGUAUUUGUAUACAUUAUGCUGUAUGUUUAUUUAUUUACCAUUCAGAUACACAAAUUUACGAUGUUAAGACCAUGUUGUUAGAUUUCGGAAGUUUGAGAGUUACCAGGUCUCCUUGUAUCUUCAAUUUUUUAAACUCACACUUUGUGAAAUAAAGCACUCGUCAUUUUUUCCCAGAAAAAAGUGAAGCGAAGUCAAGAAAAGAGCCUCGAGGACUUCCUUAGUGAGCCAGACCGAGUGGAAAAUCCUGCCCACAAGCUAGAGGUCAAUUAUUUUAGUUUUAAUAACGGUAACAUUCGUAACAAGUGUAAUCUUGGUUUAGAUCUUUGUUGACAUCAAAUUUGGUUGUUGUUGAGGUUGGGGGGGGGGGGGGGGGGGGGGGGGGGGGUCAUGGCCAAAUUGUCACUGUUGCCUUUAAUCAGUAGAGCAAGUGUUUAUUGAGCAGACGUUUACGAUGGUGGUAACAGAGCAGGCGGAAAAACACAUCUGCGCUGAGGCGUAAUGCACGUCUGUGCUGAGGUGUAGGCCCAAGAUGUAAUAAAUAACAACCAAAGAAGAAAUGCUUCUGUUUACUCUGUUAGCUCACAAAUGUUCCUAUAAACUAAGCUGACGAGAUCAUCUCAUGACGUGCUAGAACACCAUUACAACAAAAAAAUGUUAUAAACACUAGCCUACGAUUGAUGUAUUGUGUUUUUUUGUUUGUUUUUUUAAAUGUUGUAAUGUUUCAUCAAAACUUUCCCCAUCAGCUCCGUUUAUUGAGGUCAAACCCUCCCAGUCGGCUAUUCUCCUCCACACUGGACUCCUCCCACACUGUGUACUACAAGUACCAGCUGACAGUCCACAGGGACCCGCCCUCAAAGCCUGUUAUUAGUCAGUUCAAACGCUUUCUUUGUGAUUCUCCUCUAAGGGUAAAGUUAAAAAAAAAACACUACAAAUGCCGGCAUGCACAAGCAAGUUGAAGGAACCUUUGCAAACCUGUAUUCAGUCUUUCAACAAAACUGCUUCAACGUCAACAACAACAAAAGAUGCAGAGCCUUGCUUUUUCUAGCUUUUUUCUGUAUCAAAAUUUGGGGGUUGAAUGCGUCAUAACAAAUGAUUGCCCUUUCUAUGGAAAUCAUUUUUUAUAGAUUUUACCUUUAUUUAAAUAAUUUUGAACUCUCUAUGCUCAGGCGCUUCAAGCAUGAUGUCAUUGCAGCUUACAAAAAAAAAAAAAAAGGACAACUCACAAUUUCAACUUUUUAUUAAUUUUUUAUCUAAUUCUUUUAUGUUGUUUCGUUCCUGAAUUUUUAAACUUUUGAAUCUCCUUGAGUAGUUUUAAAAGUCUUUGAAAGCUAUUCUAAUUUUUUUAUUCUCCUUCUACGUUUGAGUAAUUUUAAAAGUCUUCGAAAGCUAUUCAAAUUUUUUGAUUCUCCUUCAAUAUAUAAAGAACAUUUUUUUCUUAAAAAUCUUGUGUCAUCUUUCAUUCUUGUCUGGCCAUCAUUAUUAUUCAUCAGGAUUGUUCGGCUAAAGAAUCCUGAAGUUCCGCAUGUCAUCACGCCUUGUUUUUAUUAUCUUCCCGUAGAUAUUGCUGUGCCGCACGGCACCAGAGUCUCGCAGAAUGCGCCUGUCUUUCCAGGAAUCGUUUUCAAUCUACAAAAAAUAUCAGAUGGCCGUGCACAGAGAUCGAGCGGAUGAGUGCGAGAAGAAAGGAUUCAAAAACUUUCUGGUGGAUUCACCUCUAGAGGUGACGCACAUUCUCCUUUUGUCAGUGUCUUAGGCUCAAUUCUGUACUGCUUUUGCUUGAACGCUUCAGUAAUGAUAAAUGUGGCUUCAUUCACCAUUUACCCCCCCCAAAAAACACACUUUCAAAUUUUGAAAUAAUGUUUUAGCUGUUGAUGUUAAAGCAGUUGUGAUAUUCAGAAACUGGAACAUUUCAUCAUCUCAUACCGGGACAUAUCAAAAUAUUGCAGUCAGUUCUUUUGCUCGCUUGUGCAUGCUUAAGUGUUGUGCAUGUUGAUUAUGAAAUGUUGAAAUUUGUUUUGUUAUCUAUCUGUUAUAAUAAUACCCUGGUAGACAUUGUCCGCCCCGCUCAAGAAAGGUAGUACAGCUUAACCCGCUUUGGGAAAAAAAGUUUGACAUCUUACCUCCCUCAGCUAAAGCUUUUGGAGUAAAAAAAAUAAGACAUACUAUUAUUUUCCUUUAGUUUUCAAUGUGCUCUUAGCGAUACCCGCUGGUAAUACUUAUUCCAGAAUGGAUCUUUCUUGUCUGCCCUGCUCUCAUUGGGCACCGUAUUGCUGUCUUCUUUGCUACUUUCCCCAUCGUGCGCACAUGACCACCGUAAUGCACACAAAAGAACACAGAACAUAUUGAGCAGAGGGCCAUUUGGAUUCAUUUAUAGAUUAUGCACCUCUUCCUGUAAUGUACACGUGCAACAUGAAUGCCGUGCCCCAGCUAGUUGGAAAUAUUUUCAAGGAAAGUCAGUGUACUAGAAAACACUUAAAUUUUUUACUGUGAAUGGCUUAAUCCAGCUGAUCUUGUCUGGAAAGUAUUUUACCAUAGGUACCAAUCGUACUGUGAUGGGCUCAAUCAGUUUGGUGAUUUGGGUUACAACAAUCACCAUGUUUAGUAUAUUUAAACUCAAACUAAUUUUCGUUCAGUGCCUCCUGAGUUAAUCAACAUUCUGUGAAAUAUUUGGAUUCAUCCACACCGAGAAAUACUCUUUGGAAAAUAAGUCUUUAAAAAUUUGAAUCGGUCAAGAUUUUUAGAAUUAUUCUUACAAUCUAGUUUAUAAUUUUACACAAAUAUUUACUUAUGCUGCUUACAUCUGCUUAAGGUUUACUAGUUAAAAAAAAAUAAAUAAAUAAAUAUUUAUUUUUUAAAAUUUUAAAUUACUGUUUCAAUUUCGUUUCAUAUAAAAUAUAAGAUCACAAAAUUAAAGCAUUAAUUUAAAAUUUUAAAAAAAUAUUUUUUUUAAAAAUUCUAUUAAUGUUUCAAUUUUGUGAUCUUAUAAAAAAUAGAGCUGGUUGCAAGGUUCUUUUUUUUUGUUCAUAUAGUGACACUUUCACAAAAUUUUUAUUCCAAUGGGGAUUGUCAGUUUAUUCACCGAAUGCCAUCUCUCUCAGGAGCUGCACGAAUCAGACGGACCGCCCGAGGGUUACGGAUCCUUUCAUCAGCAGUACAUCCUUGACGGCAAGAUAAUUGCCGUAGGGGUUAUAGACAUCCUCCCCUCUUGUGUUUCAUCCGUGUACUUGUACUAUGAUCCCGAAUACAGCUUUCUUGGCCUGGGGGUCUACUCUGCUUUGAGGUAAAGUUAUUUUUUUGAGUGGUGUUGUAAUGGCAAAUUUAUUUGCAGAGAUUUAAUUUACCGAUAAUUCAAUUAAAUUUUUUUUUUAUGGUAUGUGCCACUUUAAAAACAUGAAAGGAAGGAAAUUGAGCUCAUGGGUCACUCUAUCACACCCCCCACCCUUACAAUGGCCAACCAAGUUCCGUUUCACAUGAUUGGGUGCCCAGCACAGCUCUGGGGGGCAGAAUAUCAUUAACGUUGAGACACUUAUCGGUGUCACUUUCAAAGGGUCAAAGGUUACACAGUUAGUUACAUCUUAUGAGGAGUAAACAAAACAUGGUUGAUUACUGUCUGUGAUUUACUGUCACCUCUAACCUCUAACCCUAACCCUAAUAAAGGUUUGUACUUGAAUUUAAGCCAGUGUAUUUUUUAUUAUUUUUAAAUUGUCUUCUGCAAAGAAAACAUCUUUUGUUAGUUGGUUUUUUUUGUUGUUUUGCAUUUUGUUUGGUAUUCUGUAUAGGCUAGUUUACUAUGCAUUGCCUUUGUUUUCAACUCAUGGGAUAAGUUUAUGUCCCCCAGGGAGCUUGCCCUAGUCAGGAGACUCCAGAAAUCGGCACCAGACCUCAAGUAUUACUAUAUGGGCUUCUACAUCCAUUCCUGCACCAAGAUGCGAUACAAGGGCCAGUUUGUUCCUUCAUUCCUGGCCUGCCCCGAGACCUACAAAUGGCUGCCUAUUGAGGAAUGCCGAGCCAAGCUAGAUGCCAGCAAAUAUGCCAGACUCUCUGGGGAUGAAGAUGGUAAGUUGGCGGAGUAGGGCGACAUCGUCACUCUGACCAUUUUGAUUUAAAUCAUCGAAACGGUUUCAGUUUUGGUUAUCGAAAAAAAAAAAAUGAAAACAAAUUAUGGAUUUGUGUCAGGGCACUUUGACUCUCCAGCCACUUCCUUUCUUUCCUUCCUCUUUGUAGGGCAUUUGGGUCUUUUUUUUAAAAAAAAAUUUUUGUCUUUCUAUUCCUGUCAUUUUUAUUCUGCAGGCAGGCUAUUUAUACAUCGUGUGGAAUUUAAAUUCACACACUUUGUGUUUAAUGGAUCAAUUCUUGUAGCCAAAAUUUUUUUUGUCUGUUUUAUUCAAAAACUUUCUUGUUACACUCACAAAUAAUGCCCUCUUAUAUUUACUUAAUUCAAGCCAUGGUACAACAUCCUUAUAAUUAUUUACUUCAAGCCAUGGUCCAACACUCUUAUAAUUCCUUAAUUCAAGCCAUGGUCCAACACUCUUAUAAUUAUUUAAUUCAAGCCAUGGUCCACACUCUUAUAAUUACUUAAUUCAAGCCAUGGUUAAAUUUUUUUGGCUGACAUUUAUUAUACUCAUCCAGUACAGGACUUGUUUAGAAAUAAAAUAGUUUUUUUUUUUUUUUUCAAAUAUUCAGUAACCACAACUCUUUGAGUCUUUUCAAAUGAAAUAAUUAACUCUGCCGCCCAGAUUUAGAACUGUAUGAAAACCAUUACCGAGCAUAUUUUACUUUUUUUACCACAGAGGAUAAAGAGUCAGAUAUCGAUGUUGGCCAGGUCCUAGUGCUGAACAAUGGCACCAUUUUACCCUAUUGUUUCUAUCAACAAACCAAUGAAGCAGGUGACGAUGAGGCUGAAGUUAAGGAGUAUGCUAGCUUUGUGGGUAAAGCGUGCUCAUCACGCAUGCUGCUUGUGCGCCAAUAAGCCCCCCCCCCCCUCCCCAACUUUGAGAGUUUAUUGUGUCGAAGUUUCAGUUUUUUGUAAAGAGCUCAAGUCGUAAAUAAAGAACUCAAGUGGUCAAUGACUUCACCGGAGAGUAUUUCAUAACUUGUGAAAAUUCCUGCCGAACAGCUCUCUGCUAGUUGAGGACAAGUUCAAAAGGUCAGGACAAGUUCAAAAUGUCUUUUAGUCCAGUAUUUUAUUUCACGCUUGUUCAAAAAUACAAUUCAAUACUCCAUUUUUAACUAUCUUUCACUUUCACCAAUUAAAAAAAAAAAGAAAGAAUUUAAACAGAAUUACCCAGUAAUUUUGAUUAGUUUUUCUUUAUUAUGGUUACUGGAAAUUUGUUUGAAUGAAAUUUCGUUAAUGGAAAAUUGUUCGACGGAAAUUUGAUCGAACGGAAGUUUGGUCUAAUUUUUUUUUCAGUUCACACGAUUUAAUUUUCGUCAGAUUUCUUUUUGAACGCACAAUACUAUGAAGUAAAACAAAUUAAAAGCAUUCAAAAAGAAAUUUGACUCAAAAUUUUAACUUGUGAACUGAAAAAAAGAUUGAAACAAACUUCCGUUUGAUCAAUUUUCCGUCUACCAAAUUUCUUUCAAACAAAUAUCCGGAUUUGGUUUAUUAUACAUGAAGAGAAGGAGCUUGAAUUAAUACUGUAAAUUGCCUAAAAUGCUUUAUCUGUGAUAGUUCAACUCGCCUACACAACUGAAUGUCUUUUGUUUCGGUGUAUGUCUGAGGAGAUAUUUUUAUGCAGCUUUGAAACACUUGUUUUUUUUUUUUAGAUGAAUUUUUUAAUCACCAGUGAGACUUUGUACUUGGGAGCAGACAUUUAGUGAAUCAGGUCACAUUCCAUUUAUUGCUCAAUAGGAUAGAAUAAACCCAUGCCAGGUAACAGAAUCUGUUUUACGGACAACACCUUAAAAACACCUCAGUGUCAGGUACAACACCUUAAACUGCUUAAGGCCAUUGUAUUGAGAGAAUGAACGGCAAGCUAUGAAAUGAAUCAUUUUUUGGUGUGCAUGCGGGAGUGAGUGUUUCCUCCCCUAACUUCAGUUUGUUGUUGUAGUCGUCAUUCCAUUUCUGUGACAAUAUAAAUGGAGUGGGUAAUAAUAUGCUCAAUUUCAUUAUACAUAAAAAAUGUAAAAAAAUUUUUAAAAAACUAGUUGUUGAGCUUAGUUCUGUAUGUGGAAAUAACGUAACAUAUGGACCUUAUAUGCGUGUAAAUGGAAGAUGUAAUUAGGUCAUACUGGUAAGUUGUCCCCAGUAGUAGUAGAGGGUAUUUGAAUCUUUUCAGUUUAUCAAAAGCAUCCCCAGUUAGGACCCAAACAAAUAACUGCAAAAAUUGAAAUUCAAAAUUUUACCCCGGGUCAAACAAAUUGCGGGUCAAACAAAAGGGGUACGUUGUAAUUUCAUCCAUCUCUGUGGCACUUCGUAUCAUGUAAGGCUUUGGCCUGCCUCACCACUUCUUUCCACUAAGACAUAACUGGUGCUUUUCUUUUCCAUGCUUGGAUUCCCAGCCACUUCAUCCUUCCAUCUAAGCCUAGGUCUGCCUUUGAGCCGUUUCCCUUUGGGGUUUCGGCGGUGCACCCUCUUCACUCCUCCGUCAUCCUUUCUAAGUGUCCCGCCCAACGAAGCCUGCCCUUUUUUAAAUCUCUCUAGCGUGGGAUCCUGACAUAGACUAUACAGUUCCCUUUUCUCUCCCAUGUGUUUCACAGGUUGUUCUAUAGUGUUUGUGUUGGGACCCAAGUUUCACUUGCAGAGGUUUUUAUUUCAGGGUACAUUUUUGUUUUUUUUGGUCUUAAGAAAAGUGAAAUGUGGAUGAGCAAAAUACAAGAUGUGACUGGAUGUUCUUACUAUUUAUGGGGCAUAUAUAGAUAUUUUUUUGGUCUUAAGAAAAGUGAAAUGUGGAUGAGCAAAAUACAAGAUGUGACUGGAUGUUCUUACUAUUUAUGGGGCAUAUAUAGAUAUUUUUUUGGUCUUAAGAAAAGUGAAAUGUGGAUGAGCAAAAUACAAGAUGUGACUGGAUGUUCUUACUAUUUAUGGGGCAUAUAUAGAUAUUUUUUUGGUCUUAAGAAAAGUGAAAUGUGGAUGAGCAAAAUACAAGAUGGGACUGGAUGUUCUUACUAUUUAUGGGGCAUAUAUACAUAUAUAUGUAAUGUUUAGCUAUGCUCUUACUAUUUAUUUACUGUGUAUUAUAUUUAUUAUAUUUUUGUUAUAGCUUGACUUGUGUUAGACAUGAAAUAUAUGCAGUGUUGCUACUGUGUAUUUGCUGAUGGUUUGUUUUUAAAAUAGGUGUGUUAUUAAUAGUAACGUCUAUGCUAUUCAAAUUGUUUUCAAAUUAAAAUCUAAGCUUGCUAUAAUUUUAUCACCACCAGAGCAUGUUGGUUUUUUGGGGUUUUUUUUUUGACGUAU